CAAGCAAAUCCAGCCACCAUAACUUGAUUCGCUUCCUCCCUCCCAAGUCCCACCUCUUCAUUCCUCACCUUAGUUUUCUUCUUCCGCAGACUAAUUUCCGCGCGCUUACAGCUUUUUGCGCUUCAAAGACUGCACCAGCAGCUGACCUUUUCUCUCGUUCAGUUCCCCCGUCUCGAAGCUUCCACCGCCAUUGAUGAUGUUCUAUGCUUGUUAGAGUUGUUGCCGCUUGCAAAAGUUAUCUGAGGUUGAAGAGUGUUCACCGCUGACAAUUUAGCUCAGUGUUCGUCACACUAUCAUUUUCCAAUGGAAGAGGAAAAUGCGGUUGAGCUUCUACAAAGGUUCCGGCGGGACAGGCGUGUACUUCUGGAUUUUAUACUUUCUGGUAGCUUAAUUAAGAAAGUGGUCAUGCCUCCUGGGGCAGUUACGCUGGAUGAUGUGGAUCUCGACCAAGUUAGUGUAGACCAUGUUCUCAAUUGUGCCAAAAAAGGUGGCAUGCUUGAACUUUCUGAGGCUAUACGAGAUUACCAUGAUAGCACUGGCCUACCCCAGAUGAAUAGUACAAGUUCCGCAGAUGAAUUUUUCUUGGUUACCGAUCCUGCAUUUUCUGGUUCACCUCCAAGGAGAGCACCGCCAUCUAUUCCAGCUUCAACUCCUAUUUCAGUGGCUGCUCCUGUUUAUGCGCCAUCACCUGUUGCAUCACUAUCAAGUGUGGCAAAGUCAGAGUCCUUUAAUUCCGAGGAAGAGAGAGAACUAACUGUGGAUGACAUUGAAAUUGAUGAUUUUGAGGAUGAUGAUCUUGAUGCUGAGGAAGUUGCCAGUGCUAGGGUUGUAAGACGUAAUACAAAUGAUGCUUCUGAUCUUGUCCCCAAAUUGCCAACUUUUGCUACAGUUUGAUCAUGAUUGUUCUAAGGCAUCGCUGAUGACGACCUCCGUGAAACUGCAUAUGAAGUCCUCUUGGCUUGUGCUGGGGCAGCUGGAGGCCUCAUAGUUCCUUCAAAGGAGAAGAAGAAAGACAAAAAGUCCAGAUUGAUGAGAAAACUUGGACGCAGUAAAACUCAGACUCUUGCAAGUCAGUCUGAGCGUGCACCUGGGAUGGCUGGUUUAUUGGAAACCAUGCGUGCCCAGAUGGAGAUAUCUGAAUCAAUGGAUAUCCGAACGAGAAAAGGGCUGCUUAAUGCCCUGACUGGAAAAGUUGGAAAAAGAAUGGAUACUCUGUUGAUACCCUUGGAACUCUUAUGCUGUAUUUCUCGCACAGAAUUUUCUGACAAGAAAGCUUAUAUACGGUGGCAAAAAAGGCAGCUGUACAUGCUAGAGGAGGGCCUUAUCAAUCAUCCAGUUGUGGGAUUCAGUGAAUCUGGGCGCAAGGGAAGUGAGUUGAGGAUUCUUUUGGCCAAAAUUGAAGAAUCUGAGUUUCGUGAAUCUUCUGCGGGUGAAGUGCAACGAACUGAAUGCCUGAGAUCGCUCAGAGAGAUUGCUGUUUCACUUGCUGAGAGAUCAACUCGGGGAGACUUAACUGGUGAAGUUUGCCAUUGGGCCGAUGGAUAUCCCCUCAAUGUCAAAUUAUACGAGAAGCUCCUCCUCAGUGUGUUCGACAUUUUAGAUGAGGGGAAGCUGACGGAGGAAGUGGAGGAAAUACUUGAGCUCUUAAAGUCAACAUGGCGUGUCUUGGGAAUUACUGAGACCAUACACUAUACUUGCUAUACAUGGGUGUUAUUCCGCCAGUUUGUCAUCACCAAGGAGCUGGGAGUCCUGCAACAUGCCAUUGAGCAGCUCAACCGAAUACCGCUAAGGGAACAACGGGGCCCUCAAGAGAGAUUACAUUUGAAAAGUUUGUCUUCAAGAGUUGAUGGCCAAGAGUUGUCCUUUUUGCAGUCGUUUUUGUCACCAAUUCAGAAGUGGGCUGAUAAGCGGCUAGGAGACUACCAUCUGCACUUUUCUGAGGAUCCAGCAGUGAUGGAGGGUAUUCUUCAAGUUGCAAUAGUCACUAGGAGGCUUCUUGUGGAAGAAUCUGAAACUGUAACUGCCAUGGAUCGUGAUCAGAUUGAAUCAUACAUAUCAUCGUCCAUUAAGACUGCAUUUACAAGGACUCUGCAAGGCGUUGACAAGUCAGACGCAAUGCAUGACCAUUCUCUAGCAUUGCUUGCAGAAGAGACCAAAAAACUUCUGAAGAAAGAAUCAAGUUUGUUCUCACCAAUUUUAUCUCAGAGGCAUCCUCAAUCCAUUGUUAUCUCGGCCUCACUUCUUCACAGGCUUUACGGGAUAAAGUUGAAACCGUUUCUUGAUGGUGCUGAGCAUCUGACCGAGGAUGUUGUGUCUGUGUUCCCUGCCGCUGAUAGUCUCGAGCAUUACAUAAUGUCACUCAUUUCUUCAACAAGUGGAGAUGGGACUGCAGAAGUUAACUUGAGGAAACUGAACUCAUACCAGGUUGAAUCAGUGUCUGGAACGCUGGUGAUGAGAUGGGUCAAUUCACAACUUGGGCGACUUUUAGGAUGGGUUGAUCGCGCCUUGCAACAAGAGCGAUGGGAGCCAAUAUCCCCCCAGCAACGCCAUGCGCCUUCAAUUGUUGAAGUAUACAGGAUUGUGGAAGAGACAGUUGAUCAAUUCUUUGCUCUCAAAGUACCAAUGAGGUCUUCUGAGCUGAAUAGCCUGUUUCGAGGAGUGGACAAUGCCUUUCAAGUUUUUGCGAAACAUGUGAAAGAUAAGUUGGAAAACAAGGAAGAUUUGAUCCCACCAGUUCCUGUUCUUACGCGAUACAAGAAGGAAGCCGGAAUAAAGGCUUUCGUCAAGAAGGAGCUAUUCGAAUCUAAGUUGCCUGAAGAGACGACAAAAUCACGUGUCGUCGAUGUCCAGGCUACUCCUAUCCUAUGUGUUCAGUUAAAUACUUUAUUUUAUGCAAUCAGCCAGCUGAAUAAGUUGGAGGAUAGCAUUUGGGAGCAAUGGACUGCCAAGAAGCCUCGUGAACAAUUUAUCAAGAAAUCUUUAGAGGAGAAGUCCCCAAGUUUAAAGCAGAAGGGUUCAUUUGAUGGGAGUAGGAAAGAUAUCAAUGCUGCGAUUGAUCGCAUAUGCGAGUUUACUGGUACUAAAAUCAUCUUCUGGGACUUGAGGGAGCCCUUCAUUGAGAACUUAUAUAAACCAUCGGUUUCCCAGAAUAGGCUGGAAGAUCUUAUUGAACCCCUUGAUUUAGAACUAAGCCAAUUAUGCAGUGUAAUUUCGGACCAACUCAGGGAUCGUAUAGUAACAAGCCUCUUACAAGCUUCACUGGAUGGCUUGGUCCGAGUUCUUUUAGAUGGUGGGUCAUCUCGAGUUUUCCACCACACUGAUGCAAAAAUUCUGGAAGAAGAUUUGGAGGUCUUAAAGGAAUUCUUCAUUUCUGGUGGAGACGGGCUGCCAAGAGGGGUAGUUGAGAAUCACGUUGCACGGGUCAGGCAAGUGAUCAAGCUGCAUGGAUAUGAGACCCGGGAGCUGAUUGAUGACCUGAGAUCCAGUAGUGGGGGUGGUGGCAGCAAGCUGGGUGGUGAUACACAGACUCUGCUGAGGAUAUUGUGCCAUCGUACCGAUCCAGAGGCAUCCCAGUUCCUCAAGAAACAGUUCAGAAUACCCAAGUCAUUAAGUUGAAGAUAGCAAGUUGAGAAGAGGGUUGCUAUUUCCUUUUUUUUUGUUGUUGUUUGUGUUUAAACUGGGAUCUUUUUCAGUUUAGUUAUCUGUGCAUAUUAUAUCUCAUUCUGUAAUAUUUCCCUUUGCUUCCUCUCCUUCUCCCUUGUAAUAAUGUAUGUUGUGUAUAUUUCUGGAUGUUUCUUCAUUUUGUUGGCUUCUGCAUGUUCUAUUGAAAUUCCAGAAAACACUUAUUUUUAUUUUGAUAAGGGCGAUAUAUAUUUGGUUUU